AGAGCGGGCACCCACCGUCGGCGCGGACACGCACGCACACGCACGCUCCCCGCGAGUUCGAGCCCCGCGGCCCCGGCCCGCCCGAGGGCGCCCCCCUGCGCCGUUCUAGGCAGAGCCGCGCCUCCCGGCUCGCCUCCCGCCCCCUGAUUCCCGCCGCUGCAGCCCAGAGAGACAGGAACCUGGAACCUCUGCUCCAGGUUCCCCCGCGCGGGCGCGGCGGAGAGCCGUGGGGCUCGGGGAGGAGGAGAGCGCGAUGAAUGAGUGCUCCCUUCGCCUCCGAGUUGUCUGAGUUGGCGGCGCCGCGCCCCGGCUUCCGGCUCUCGGCGCCCCACGCGCUCGCGGCUCCAGCGGCUGCAGCCCACGUCCGCGCCGGGAGCCGAGCUCGCCGCGCCCGCCGCGCCGCGCCGGGGGAGCCCGGGCUCCCGAGCUCCUGUCCCGGCCCCGGGCCAGGGGAAAGCAGGGUGUCCCCGGGCAGAGGCGCACGGCCGCGCGGUCUCCCGCACUCUCCGCGGCCCAUCGGUCUCUCCAUGGCCUCUCAUCAGCAAUCCCGGAUCCAGGCUUACCUGGAGAAGAACAAGAUCGGUCCCCUGUUUGAGGAAUUAAUGACCAAGUUAAUUACUGAGACACCUGACCAGCCAAUCCCAUUUCUCAUUGACCAUCUUCAGUCUAAACAAGAAAACCGUGGACACCUUCAGAGAACUUUAUCUGGAUCUGCAGCUCUCUGGGCAGAAAGUGAAACAUUAGAACAUAAAGGAACAAGAAAAGAAUUCAGAAACUAUGAUAAACCCUGGCAGUUAAAUGCAAAGAAGCCUAAAAAGUCAAAAAGCGACCUUGCCGUGUCUAGUAUUUCUCCACCAUCACCAGAAUCAAAAUCAUUGCCAAGGUCAGUAGAUCAUCCUAAGUGGAACUGGAGGACUAAACCAGAAAGCCGUGAUUUUGAUGAAUUGAACCACAUCCUUCAAGAGAGCAAGAAACUGGGAAAAGCCCUUGAGAAUCUCUCUCGAAGUAUUGCAAUUUCAGAGGAACUCGAUAAGGAAACGGUGGCGUUUAAUUCUUCUCUUCUGAGACCCCGUGUAAUUGGAGAGUGGAUUGGUCGAGAAGAGAAUGACGCUGAUCCACUGGCUGCUGAAAUGCUACAGCCCCCAAUUCCAAGAAGUAAAAAUGAACAAUGGGAAAAUGAAGAUAAUAGCUCUAGCCCUGCAGGAAGCUUAAAGGUGGAGCCCAAGACUAAAGGAUUAAAACAGCAGCAACAGCAGCAUAAGAAACUUCUGGCAGCAAUGCUCUCUCAAGAUUCUUUUGAGUCUGUCCAUAGCCCCACCCCAUCGGUAACAGAAGAAGAUAUUGAUAAUGAAGAUGAUGCAAUGGAAUUGCUGGAGGAUCUUGAUGAUUUAAGAAUGGAGGGAGUAACUACCCUGGUACCUUCUGGGAACAAAUUUAACCAAGGUCGAGCUACUCACUCUGCUGAACCUCAGGCCAAAGUCACACUGAACAUCUGUUCAAGGUGUGCCAGGCUUCAAGGAGACAACCUGGUGGAAAGGACAGAAGAGACCUCGCAAACACUUCAUUCUCCAGAUGAAAUAAUCCCAGAUUUUUUGGAUUCUUUAGCUGGAACUGAAGAAGCACUGAUGGAAGAGGGUGAAGAAUUUGAGAAAGCAUCUAGAUUAACAGGACCUGGAGAAGCCUCCAGUGGAGGACAGUCAUUGAAAAACUACAUGGAAGAAGAUGACUCUUUAAAGCAAUUGCAGGUGGUUCAUCAACCGUGGAUCCUGCCAAGUGACACAGAAAGUGAAGGAGUGGAAGCAGAACAAGAGAAACGUUCUGCUGAUCUUCUUCUUUGUGUUCCAUGCUCUUCUUGUCCUGCACUCGUCUACUCUGACCAUUUCUUGGAGACAGUCACCCUACUAACUGCCACAUCGACCUCGGGAAUCAGAUCCACCAGGAUGUCAGAGUGCAUAUUGCUGAAAAUGCUACCACUGGACACGAAUUAAGGUGGACAGAUUUUAAUCAGUGAUGACCUGUUGCAAUAGAGAAGAGAGUUCAGCAUGAACUGAACUCAACUUCGAUUUGUACAGAGGUGACUGGAUGUUUUAAAGGGAGUGAGGGAAUAGGUAUGAGGGAUUGCCACUACUCGAGCCAGGUCAAGGGAAUGGAAAUUUGUAAAAAGCAGGAAGGGGGGGUUGAUCCAUGUGAAAGUCCUCUGGGUUUGCUAACUGGCACUUAUGGAAGUUUGACUUCUAUCCUCCCUCAGAGACUGGACAACAGGGGCUCGAUCUUCAAGUGUCAGCUGGAACAAACAGUAAAUUCUUUUGACAACCUUGUGCUUUCCCAGAUAGGAAUUUAGGAGGUCAUUCUCUGGAUGCUGCCUUGACUUAGAAACUAGGUUUGUGUUUGUUCAAGUCUUUUAAUGUGGGGGUAGGAUGAGGUGGAUAAAAUCAGUUGUACUGAGAGUCUGCAGUUUUUAUCGGCCAAGGUUGAGGCCUGGUCAAGAAGAGU